GCUCAAGUUGUCAACCAACACUGAACUUUGUCAUUGCCAUUCUGUUUCCAAGACAAACUGUGAGAGAAAUGGGUGCAUUUGACUACCUCUCCAACAUCUGCAGUGUUACCAAUACAAAGAGAACUCUCAAAUUGAAGAAAAGGAAGCCAUUGCAGACUGUGGAGUUGAAGGUGAAGAUGGACUGUGAUGGCUGUGAGAGGAGAGUGAGGCAUGCUGUUCGUUCCAUUAAAGGUGUAACUGCAGUGGAGGUGAACAGAAAACAAAGUAAAGUGGCUGUGACUGGUCAUGUAGAUACUAAGAAGGUGAUAAAGAAGGUGAGAAGUAUAGGAAAGAGAGCAGAGCCUUGGCCUUAUGUAGAAUACAAUCUUGUCUACUAUCCAUACGCUGCUCAAGCAUAUGACAAAAAGGCACCAACUGGUUAUGUUCGCAAUGUUCCUCAAGCUUUGCCAAACCCAGGAGCACCAGAGGAGAGGUACACAACACUCUUCAGUGAUGAAAAUGUUAAUGCAUGCUCAAUAAUGUGAUGAACUGGUUUUAGUUUGUUUUCUCUUUUGUUUAAUGGACUGGUAUAUCAAUGAAUAUGAGUGGAUGAUUGGCCUACA